CAACGACGCUUAUUUAUAUGUACAUACUUUUGUGUAAUAUAUUGCUAAGGGGAACCUAAACAGAUCCCAACAUGGGUGGCGGUGAUUUGAAUCUGAAAAAAUCAUGGCAUCCACACACUAUGAAGAACCAAGAGCGCGUUUGGAAAGCGGAGCAGGCGAAGCAGGAGGAACAACGCAAAUUAGAUGAUUUGCGCAAGGAGAUCAACGAGGAGCGCGACCGCGAGGAGCUCAGACGCAUAGGAGAGAAUUCUGGCGUUCUGUCCAGCAGCGGCGGCGGCGAAGCGAAGCUGGAGUGGAUGUAUAAAAAUAGCGCAGAGCUAAUCAACCGAGAGGAAUAUCUGCUGGGACGCAAGAUAGAUAAAUCGUUUGAACAGCUGCAGGCGGAGGAGCGACGCCAGGAGAGUACACUGGGUGUUAAGCAGUCCAUCAACCAUGUUGAGCACGAGUGUGUGCCAUUCUCAAUACGGGAAUACCGUAACCUGCAGUCCACCGAGCAGGUGGACAUGCAACGCAAGACAAUGGAAGAUCCGUUGAUGCUCAUCAAGCAGAGGGAAAUGGAAUCGCGUCGGAAACUGCUGGAGAAUCCGGUGCGACUUAAGGAAAUCCACCGCAUACUCAAAACAGAGCAGGAACAAGCGACGAAACGCAAUAAAAAGCCCAAGAAAAGCAAAAAGACAAAGAAAAAGAAGGGCAGAAGCCAUGAUGACAGCGACAGCAACGAUGACCUGGACAGAAAGCUGGCAAAGCAGAUGAAGAAACUGAAGGGCGAAAGCACAAAUGACGAAUUCAAGCUCGACAAACUGCUGGAUGCCAAGUAUCGUACGUUGACCAAACAGCUGGACAUGGCUACAAAGCACAAAAAGACAAAACACAAGAAAAAAUCACGGCGUCGCAGCCGUAGCAGCAGCAGCAGCAGCGAUGACAGCGACAGCAGCGCGGAGGAGCCAAGCAAACAGACCAGGGAAAAAAGGGGAAGACGUGGCAGAAGCAACAGCAAAGAAGCUGAGCCCAGCAAACAGACCAGGGAAAAAGGGGGAAGACGUGGCAGAAGCAACAGCAAAGAAGCUGAGCAGAACAAACAGUCCAGGGAAAUUAGAGGAAGAUGUGGCAGAAGCAACAGCAGCGACAAUGAACGAACAAAACGCAGGGUGCGGGAGGACGUCAAAAGGCAUCGCGACGCUAGCAAUAGCAGACGCUGGGGAAGCAGAAGUCGCAGUCCACGUAGAGAUCGAGAUCAGCGGCCGCAGCGCAGAGAACCCAGCAGAGAGAGACGGCGACGCAGCGCCACACCGGAAAAACGUCCAGCUGUUCGACGUGCGUCGCCACCGGCGGCACGUCAGGCAGCGAAAUCCAAACCCAAGCUGAGCGAAAGUGAGCGUGAGGCGCGUCUGCGCGAGAUGAUGGACAAUGCCACAUGGCGGGAGGCGGAUCGUACCAAGGCCGUGCACAAGCAUCGAGAGGAAUAUGCUCGCGAGGAGGCGCAAAACCAGGCCCGCGAUUUCGACCAACAGUUCAUCAACAAGCAGGUGAAGAAGGCCAUUGAUAAUCAGACCUCCAUUGGCAAUCGCAUACGUUCCAAUCUAAACAACAUACAACGCACCUCGGCUGCCAUGGAUACGAACUUUGCCCGCAAGUAGCUCCCGGACAAACACUUGGCCGUAAGUCCGUAUUGUUAGGCUUAUGCAGUAGAUUAAGGAUUAAACCCAUGGCCCACGCAUUCUUCCUAUAAAGCUUGUUUAGCUAAUUGAUAUAUUAAAUGGCGAUUUUAUUUUGGUACGAGUGUACCCGACUAUGAAAUACACUAUACCCAGAAAUAACAAAUGCAGAGUUAGGAGUAUUUAGAGAUGGGAAUGGGUCCGUUUCAACCUAAGAAGCGAAUGGAGACGCGACAGACCUGACCAGAUCGACUCAGUUCUUCGCA